CCUCCGUCACCCGGCCGCCGGUCAUCGACCUCCGCCUCGACGUGGAGGGUCCUCCGGCAGCCCCGGGCGGCAGCAGGAGGCCGCAGCCGGCGAGCAGGCGGGCUGGGGCGCUGCUCGUCAAGCCUGCCGCUGCUCAGGGCAGGGGGACGCUGACGUCACGCUCCAGCGUGGUAAAGGGCGCCGGCCGCUCUUCGUCGCAGCUGCAGCUGCAGGCCCAGUCCCAACAGCUGCAGCUCUUCCCGCCGGCGUUGCCGCCUGUCGACACGCCGAGGGAAUCUCUCUCCAACUGCUUGCAGAACCUCGACAGCCACGAGUGGGAACAGGUGCUGUCGGCCAUGCCGGUGCUGGUGCGACUGGUGCGCCACCACCCGGACUCGGUGCUGUUGCAGGCGCCUGCCGUCGCGGCAGCACUGUCGCGCCACGUGCGCAACCUGCGCUCACAGGUGGCGCGAGCUGCCUGCCAGGCGGCGGGCGAGUUCUUCGUGGGGCUGCGGCGCACGCCGGACCUGGAUGUGGAGGAACUGGUGGGCUCGCUGUUUCACCGAUCCGCAGACACAAACAGGUUCCUGCGAGCUGACUGCAACGCCGCCCUCGACAAGAUGGCGGAUGUAUUGCCUCCAGCACGUGCCGUCCAACUUAUUGUCUCCAAAGGUGCCAGCCACCAGAACGCCGUGGUUCGCACAGUGGCCGCGCGGCUGCUGGCGGCGCUGACGGCGCGCCUGGGCGCAGACCGUGUGCUGUCUGCGCCCCGCGACCUCCGCAGCCGCCUGCUGGUCACCGGCUCCUCGCUGCUGACCGAGGGCAGUCUGGACACCAGAUGUCACGCGAAAUCAAUGUUCAGGCACCUUGUAUUCCACCCAAACUUUGCAACUGUUCUCUCAGAAGUAGUACCACAACAGGUACUACGAAACAUCUCGAAAACUCUCCAGAGCCUGAAAUAAUGUGGAUGACUGAAGAUGCUGACAGAUUUAGGUUGUUAACAGUUCUAUGUCUGUGAAGUAAUGUAAAUAAUUUCUGUUGGGGCUAGAACGGAGUAAUGUAUCGAAUGUUUCUAAUAGGGAUAAUAUAAACAUCCCUUCCAUGAUACUUUUCUACAUAAAUUCCUUUGUUAACACAGUAGUGCCAUUUUGUCAUAUCUUGCUAUGCCAGUUGCAGUAUAUGCACAUAUAAUGUACAAAACCUAUCUGUAACAUAACAUUUUGAAACAGGUGUUUAGUUUAACACUUAAUGAAUGUGAUGCUUCAUUAUCUCAUAAUAUUAAUGUGAUACUUCAUUUUCUAAUUAUAUCCUGUCCUACAGAAUUUUUCAGCUUAGUUUAAGAAAGCUCUAAAUGUACAUAUAAUUCCGUCCAUAUAUGUGAUACUGUUGUUAAGUACAUUAAUAUAUUGAAGAAUAGUAUAUAUUGUAUAAGAUACAUAUCAAAUGAUCAUUCAGUAUCGAUAAAGAACUGUACAAGCAUCCUAUAAUGGACAAGGAAGUCCAAAUACAGCAUACAGUAAUACAGCCAUUAUUUUGCCAACAGAAAAAUGAGGAAUUUUUAGAUCAAGGGUAAUGUAUAAUUAAUUAUGAGACCUUUAUCAAAUACGUUUGUUAAAAGUUAAAUUGGCUGAUGUAAGUCAAAGAAUCUGUUAUGUGAUAGUUUAUUUUCAUUUAAAUACACCUAGAGAAUUUUGUGUAUCAAGAAAGCUAUUUUUAAUGUUAUUCAUGUAUGUCAAAAUAUGUUACAACGUAUUUUCUAUGAUAAGCUUAUAUGCAUUUUGUACAAAGAAAUGUCAAAAUAUUCGUAAUAUUACCACAGAAAAGUAAAGUUAAUUCCUCACUGUAAAGAGAUGUUGCAGGAUAUUUAUCUUAUAUUGCUGUUGACUUAUUUGCAUUGUUUCUGUGAUGUUACUGUUGAUAAAAAUUGUUUACAGUUGUUAUAUGAUGUUACAUAAAUUCUGACAUGAGUUAGGAAUUUUAGGCACUGUAUCCUUUGAGUUCUUGCUGAUAAAAUGUCCAUAAUUAA